AUGAAAUGGUUAUCAGGCGCACACACAGGAGAGAUAGUAGGUGGUCGAAAUGGCGGAGGAAGUGCAGCAAAUCAACUCGAUGGUUGUAGAGAGAAUUCGAAAAUGGUUAGCAAAUCAAAAACAGGAAUAACUGUUGCCGGUGGCAAUGGUCAAGGUUCAAAUUUAAAUGAAUUUUAUUCACCAUGGAAUAUCUUUGUUGAUUCGAAUGGUAUUAUGCAUGCAUCAAUUGAUAACCGAUACUUGUCUUCAUUGAUCAGUUCAAAUUCAAGACUUUUGGCUGUGGCUCUCACCAACCUGCGUACUGUUCGAUCUGAUUAUGCUGUAGCCGAUUAUCAAUCAUCUUUUAAUUGGUCUGAAAUCGUGUCAUUACUCGAGCCUAACUUCAAUGAUGAUGACGACAAUGAAUUCUACAUAGUAGCAUUUCGCUCUCAACUUAAAUCUAAUAUUACAUCGUCUGAGUUAAAACACCUCUAUAGUCUUGAUAAAUAUUCUCACAAAGAAGCUAAUGCAUCCGGUGGAUUACUCAAAUAUUGGUUUGGUAUACCACGUUUGGAAGAUCGUCGAAAUUUAGCAACUUGUAUUUGGACGAAUAGAGAUUCAGCUGUAAAAGUAGUUAGAGGAGAAAACCGACAACAACCACAUGUUGAAGCAAUGAGAAUCACAAGUAAAAUGUAUGAUGAAUGGAAAAUGGAAAGAUAUAUAAUAAAGAUUGGCAGUGUCAAUAAAGAUGGAAUAAGAACAUGGACAAUUAAACCGUUUGAAGAACAAUGA